AUGAAACAGAAAAACAGGAUAGAAGCCCAAGAUUUAGGCGUUACAGUCACAAAAAGAAAAUUUCUGCCAAAUAUAUCCAAGGCUUUAAGUAAAUCUCGUCAAAAUAACAUUACUAAUAAUUGUUCAAAGCAAGAUACUCCCAAGACUCGUGCAGAACCAAGAUCGACCAGGUCUUAUCAAAACGAUACUCAGCGUUCGGGAUGUCAAAGUACAAGACCGCAAUUUGUUCACAGUUAUUCAAUCUUCGAAACUGGAAUAGGCUGUAUCGCCAAACCAGAUAAGAAUACUGUCGAGUUAUGUGAAACUAAAGAAGCUGUUUUGCCACAAACUGAGGCCUUGGAGCUUGCUGAAACAGAAUCUAACUUAAAUCCUCUCAGUCAAUGUGAAGCAUUUGUAACAGAUAUCAAACAAUUGUUUAAAAACCCGCCAGUUAUAAUGCAUGACUCUGCUGCCGGUCAAGAAUUCGAUUUAGAUCCUUUUAGAGAUUUGGAUUUGUCUGAUGGAUGGAGCUCUAGAUUUCCGUUCAAUUUAUUCUCCGAUGGUACCACUUCAGGUAGAUUGUUUACUCUACAAUUACCAGAUAAAUUGUUACCGCCGGAUAAUGAGCAAAUCAAAGAAGGUUUUUUCGGGAAGAUACAGUUAUUAGGUAAUCAAGAAGUUCGUCUAGUUGUCGGUGAUGCUCGAUUCAAUUUAUCUUGUCCACGUCCGUUGCCUAUAGCGUCUGAUGUGGUACUUGUGAAUCAGGAUAAUCCCGAACUCAUUUGCUUAGAGUGUAUAGGUCAUGUAGAACAAACCAUGGCAGCCGUCCCUGACCUGGAAACUUACGUGCAUUUGGGCAAAUAA